UGCUUGUGCAAGGCGGCCCUGCACUUUCACUUGUGAGCAAAGAGCCAAGUGUGGGAGCUCACCAUGGUGGUAACCACCUCCCCACGACGCAGGCAGCCUUCACCAGAGGGAAGUAUCAGGUUCCUGUACUCGGCUGUGGGUUGUCACCAUCUAAUAAUAUGACCGUUUUGCCAUCUCUCUGCAAAUAAGGCAGAAGCUGCUACCUGAUUGGUAUAACAUCUCACUUUCCCUCUGCAUUGAUUUUCUUGUUCUCCUCCUUUGCUUCAUAAAAGAGGGACAAGUGGCUGGUGCUGUGGACAGAGAAGCUUUGUUUUUAGUAUGAGACAACCUCUAUUUUCUUUCAGGAGAGGGAAGUUGGAUUAUCAAUUCUUUUGUAAAUGUGUAUGGUGAUAUUUGCUCCGCUUUUUGCAAUCUUUGCAUUUGCAACAUGCGGUGGCUAUUCCGGAGGCCUGCGGCUGAGUGUGGACUGCGUCAACAAGACAGAAAGUAACCUCAGUAUUGACAUCGCAUUCGCCUACCCGUUCAGGUUGCACCAGGUGACGUUUGAGGUGCCUACCUGCGAGGGAAAGGAGCGGCAGAAGCUGGCAUUGAUUGGUGACUCCUCGUCCUCGGCAGAGUUCUUCGUCACCGUGGCUGUCUUCGCCUUCCUCUACUCUUUGGCCGCCACUGUCGUUUACAUCUUCUUCCAGAACAAGUACCGGGAAAACAACAGAGGCCCACUCAUUGACUUCAUCGUCACUGUGGUCUUUUCGUUCUUGUGGUUGGUCGGUUCGUCAGCUUGGGCAAAAGGGCUGUCUGACGUCAAAGUUGCAACAGACCCCAAAGAAGUCUUGUUACUGAUGUCAGCUUGUAAACAACCAUCCAACAAGUGCAUGGCUGUCCAUAGCCCUGUUAUGUCCAGCUUAAACACUUCUGUGGUCUUUGGAUUCUUGAACUUUAUUCUCUGGGCUGGAAACAUAUGGUUUGUUUUCAAGGAGACCGGCUGGCACUCCUCGGGACAGAGAUAUCUUUCGGACCCAAUGGAGAAGCACUCUAGCAGCUAUACUCAAGGCGGUUACAACCAAGACAGCUAUGGGUCCAGCAGUGGGUAUGGCCAGCAGGUGAGUUUGGGGCCAUCCUCAGAUGAGUUUGGCCAACAGCCCAGUGGCCCCACUUCCUUUACCAAUCAGAUUUAACAGAGUAGCAUUUGCAUUCUUCUGGAGAUAGCCUCACCACCUCCCGUUUCAGUGGCAGAAGAAUUUUUUAAGAGUUUCAAUGAAUUAUUAAUGCAGAGAGUAUUGAAUGUAAAUCAGAGAUCUGUAGCCCUCAUUAAGGCAGAAAGGCCUGGGUUGUGAUAAAUGAUACUUAAGACAUGAGAUGACAUGAGAAAAUAUAUUAUUCAUCAUAGAUAGCUAAUUGGAGAGUACCUUGUUAUAUAUACAGAUACUUUUAUGGUCGUUUUGUAUGUGUGUUGAGAUAGUAGAAACAUUUUGUAGCUUAAUGUCUCUAGUAUGUAAUAUGCAUAAAGUGUGUUAAAUAGCAUUGAGUUUUCCUAUGCAUUUUGAUGCAAAAGAUGUUAUAAUGAUUUCUAGAAGACAAUUUGGUGUAUCACAACAUGCAUGUCUUAUUAUUUUUUUAGUUUUAGGCCCUGUGGAACUGUGAGUCUCUAAGUAUUUGCUUCAGACAAUUACUCUGUAUUUUUUUUUUUACUUGAUGAAUCAAUGCUCAUAUGAUUUAGUGCAUGAAUAAGCAUUUUCUCACACAAUGAACAUUUGAACUGCAUUUAUGAAAAUUUUCCAGUUUGCACCAUGAAUCUGUUAAACAGACAUUUAAAGUAAUAUAUUCACUACUUUGUAUAUUUUGCAAAUUUGUCUCUCUGGCUUUACUCAAGUUCUGAAUGCAUUGUAACCAAGAUUUGGGUUUUUAUCACCCAUUAGUAGACAUUUAGUAUUACAUAUGGGAACUUCCCAAUAUUUAUUCUGUUUACUUAGCUAAACAUUUACAUUCUUGUAACCUUCUAUAGUGUUUUGUGGCUCUUAUCUUGUGGACCAUAAAUAAUAUGGCCCAAUAACUGUUUGUGUUUAUGGAGUGUUUUCUUAGCAUAAUAGAGAUGCAGAUAUAGACACCACAGUCAAGAUGCUGCCAUGCUAAAGUAUUAAUUUACAAAGGAUAUUCUGUAGCUAAUAUUUAUACUAGCAGCUAAACCUUUAAAUCCUAUUUUUUUUGUAAAGCUAAUAUGUUCCUCAAUCUAAUUAUUGAAAAUUCUCAAGUCACAGCUAAACUUACUGAUUACUAAUUCUGAUUUGAGUGUAACCCAUGAAUUAAAAAUGGCUCCCAAGUGCCACUCUGUAUCCCAAAGAAGUUUCUCAUGAAAUGUUCCCCGGAAUGUAUUCACUGUCAAGAAAAUGCCGAUCUUCGCCUCUUUGUUUUAACUCAACUGAAAUAGCAGGGCCCAGCGAAGAGGACAAGCUAAGCAUCUGUAUUUCUAGAUAAAAGUUGUUAUCAAUGUAUACACUCUUUGUGUGACUGGUGAUGUUGGAAGCAUUUUAGCACAAAACAGCCUUGUGUCUUAGAUGAUAUCUGUAACCAAUUUCUGGAUCUUGUUGGAUAAAUCUGUAUUGUGAUAUCUAUUUGACCUAAAUAAAGUUAUUGCGUACAAUGCUGGCUGAACAA